AUGGGGAACCCUAAGAAGAGUAAAAAGUAUUAUGCAGUCAUUGAAGGGCAUAUUGACAAGCGUACUAUCUUCUCAUCUUGGGCACAUGCACACCCGCGAGUGACUGGUUGUCCUUCUAAGCAUAGGGGCUUCUACACAGUUUAUGAAGCACGAAUAUAUAUGGAACUAAUGGGAGUGGACUAUAUCGAACAAUUGAUCGACGAUGGAACAGAAAAAACGGCACCCUUGCUUGACCCACGUAACCAUUAUGCCGUCGCUAAUGGUCCCAAGCCUGGUAUUUAUCCAUUCUGGGAUGGACCCGGAGGAGCCAAAGAGGCCGUAGAACAAGUUUCUUUUGCUUGCCACAAAUCGUUUAGAACAUAUAAAGAAGCACAAGAGUUUAUUGAUCAUUGGAAUAACACUUAUAUGGACGGAUCGCAGAAGAUUCAAAGUAUGGGACCAACUUUUGAGACAAGGUCGGAUAACUGUCAAGCAGUUUUCCGAGGGCAGAUGUCUUUGUGCGAAUCAUUAGAAGCCUUAAUCAUUAAAGAGGAGCACGAAUAG